GCCGCCUGUGAUCAGACCGGCCGCCUGUGAUCAGCCUGGUUCACGUCAGUCGUUCGGGCGUGUCCUUGGCCGCCAUCACGUCGCCGCAGGACCGCACGUUUUACCUGCUGCGUGUCUCACCUGCUAUGAGUUCUAGCGUCACUCUGAACCAGCGUCCUGCAGGUCUGAAGAUGGAGGACAUUCAAACCAAACUCGACAAUUACCGAACGGCUCCGUUUGACGCCAGAUUCCCCAAUCAGAACCAGACCAAGAACUGCUGGUCUAACUACCUGGACUUCCACCGCUGCCAGAAGUCUCUGACGGCCAAAGGAGUGGACGUGACUCCGUGUGACUGGUACAGGAGGGUGUACAAGUCCCUCUGCCCCAUGUCCUGGGUCCAGAAGUGGGAGGAUCAGCGAGCGGACGGAACCUUCCCAGGAAAGAUAUGAGCUGAGGGUGGAGAACACUGUCAGCCCUCCACCACCUGCUGCUGUUAACAUGGGAGCCAGCAGACAUUAUUCAACGGAACAAAGUCUGAUUAAAACGCUUCAAUUAUUGAAUAUCAUGGAGCUGUUCUUCCUUGUUUUUCCCGUAUUGAAUAUAAUUAAAAAGAAUAAAUCAUG